UGCCCGGCCUUCUAUGUAAGGUCUCGUCUUCCGCCUCAUCUCGCUGACCAAAUCGUGUUGUCUGGAUUCCAGUAAUCUUUUGACUUGUGUACAAAUUGGGAGAAAGCACACUGCAGGCUUUUCAACAUGCUGGCCACAGUCCGCAAGCAACUCAGAAACCACCCAGCUCUGAUUCCACUCUUCUUCUUCAUUGGAGGCGGCACUGCCAUGUCCAUGCUGUACCUGGCUCGCCUGGGUUUGAAGAACCCGGAUGUCUGCUGGGAUCGCAAGAACAACCCGGAGCCCUGGAACAAGAUGGCCCCGACUGAUCAGUACAAGUUCUUCGCUGUGAACAUGGACUACAGCAAACUGAAGAAGGAAGGUCCCGACUUCUAAACCCGUCUGUCUUCCGGAACAAACGCACACUGAUUGGCCGAUUGCUUUGGACUUCUUCUGGGAUACUGAGGGCUGCAGAGGCGAAACCCGCACAAUGGUUGACACAUAUUUAAUUUGCUCAUCGCAUACUCCCUUUCAGAGCCUGUCUUUGUCGUCUUCCAUUUUGGAUGGCUGUCAAUAAAGUGAAAGGAGUCUUUUCUCCUCCUUACAGAGAAAAGAACCCGUUUGUUUUAUUGGAA